UUUGCACUCGCCAUGUUGAAUUUAACUUGACGCUCAAGUUUUUUCCAAAAUAUAAACACUUCAUUGUUUUCUGUUUAAUUUAAGAGUUAAUAAAACAAAUGAUCGUAACUACACCGACUGAUGUUUUAGAAAGAAUUUAUUAAUUAUUUAGAAAUAAUUAUCAAAAAAAUGUUUGUGUUAGCUGAGAUGAAAGAUACUGUUAGAAUACCACCUUGGAAAUUCAAGAAAAAGUUAAAUGAUGCAGUAGCAGAUGAACUCAAUAGAAAAUUAUCAAAUAAAGUUUAUUUGAAUGUUGGGCUAUGUAUAGCAUUAAAUGAUAUAACAAAAGUAGAAGAAUCAUAUAUUUUUCCUGGUGAUGGAUCAUCUCACACAAAGGUCUACUUCAGAUACAUAGUCUUUAGGCCUUUUAUAGAGGAAAUUCUAACUGGUAAAAUUCGCAGUUGCAACAUGGAUGGAGUACAUGUCACAUUAGGUUUCUUUGAAGACAUUGUAAUCCCACCCAAUAAAUUACAGUAUCCAGCUAGAUUUGAUCAAACAGAACAAGUCUGGGUUUGGGAAUAUAACAAUGGAGAAACAGGAGAGAAGCAUGACCUUUUCAUGGAUGUUGGAGAAAUCAUUCGUUUUAGAAUAGUCAAUGAAACUUUUACAGAAUCCCUUCCCAGUAAUCCUCAUGGACCAAAAGAUGUUGCUCAAAACACUGAAUCCAAGAGUGUCUCACCUUAUACUUUACAAGGGGCUAUUGAUGAACCUGGUCUUGGACUUUUGUCAUGGUGGGAAACAAAUGAAUGAAUUGUUGUAAAGACAAAUAAUUUUAUUGUACAUAAAUUAAUUUUAGAAUAAAUUUAAGGAAGUUUGUU